UAAGCAGAAAAGCAAGUAAAAGAAGGAACCCAUUGUUGGCCUGUCCCCUUUCCAGGGAAAGCGAAGAGAUGCAUAGAGCAUUUGUUCGGUCCAAAACCCUAAUCAGCGUUGCUUCCAAUCGCAUCUCGUCUUCAGGACCAACAUCGUUGAAUCCAUGGCAACCCCUUUACUUGUAUAGGCAGAAGCAACAAGAAGCUUCCCACUCCUCCAGCUGCAACAGCGGCAACACCCCAUUCGGGUCACCAACUCGAGUCCAGAAGCUAAUAGCCUCCCAAUCAGACCCUCUUCUGGCCAAAGAAAUCUUCGACUUAGCCUCUCGCCAACCCAAGUUCCGCCACACUUACUCCAGCUACCUCAUCCUCCUUCUCAAGUUGGGUCGCUCCAAACACUUCUCUCUCCUCGACGAUCUCCUCCGUCGCCUCAAAUUCGAUUCUCACCCCAUCACUCCCACCCUCUUCACUUACCUUAUCAAAGUCUACGCCGAGGCCGAUUUGCCCGACAAAGCCCUCAAUUCCUUCUACACCAUUCUCCACUUCAAUUGCAAGCCUCUCCCCAAACACCUUAACCGCAUUCUCGAGGUUCUCGUUUCCCACCGCAACUUCAUUCGUCCCGCGUUCUAUCUCUUCAAGGAUGCUCACAGGUACGGCGUGGAACCCGACACCAAGUCCUACAACAUUCUCAUGCGCGCCUUCUGUCUCAACGGGGACAUUAGCGUUGCCUAUUCUCUGUUCAACAAAAUGUUUAAGAGAGAUCUUGUUCCGGAUAUCGAGUCUUACCGGAUUUUGAUGCAGGCCUUGUGUAGGAAGAGCCAGGUGAAUGGAGCUGUUGAUCUUUUGGAGGAUAUGCUGAACAAAGGUUUUGUUCCGGAUUCUUUGACUUACACCACUUUGUUGAAUAGUUUGUGUAGGAAGAAGAAGCUCAGGGAGGCUUAUAAGCUUCUUUGUAGGAUGAAGGUCAAAGGGUGCAAUCCUGAUAUAGUUCAUUAUAAUACUGUUAUAUUGGGCUUCUGUAGAGAAGGGCGUGCUCAUGAUGCUUGCAAGGUUAUCACUGACAUGAGGGCCAAUGGGUGUUUGCCUAAUCUCGUGUCGUAUCGUACUUUGGUGAGUGGUUUGUGUGACAUGGGAAUGCUUGAUGAGGCUAGUAAGUAUGUGGAGGAAAUGUUGUCCAUAGAUUUUUCUCCUCAUUUUGCUGUUGUUCACGCCUUGGUGAAGGGGUUUUGCAAUGUUGGUAGGGUAGAGGAUGCUUGUGGAGUCCUCACCAAGGCACUAGAGCAUGGGGAAGCUCCUCAUCUGGAUACUUGGAUGGCCAUAAUGCCUGUAAUAUGUGAAGUGGAUGAUGAUGGGAAAAUCAGUGGUGCUUUGGAGGAAGUUCUCAAGAUUGAAAUAAAAGGGCAUACUAGAAUUGUGGAUGUUGGCAUUGGUUUAGAGAACUACUUGAUUAGGAAGAUACGAGCCAGAAGUAAAAAAAAAAUUAUAAAUCUGAUCUGAAUGUGAUUGAUGAUGGGUGCUAUUCCAGAGGCCAACGGAAAUGUCGCCGACGAAGAAAACGGGAGCAGCGUUGGUGGAUCCAUCGAUUUCGGCACGGCGGAGGCCGUUCAAUACGUCCGUUCCCUCACCGACGUUGGCGCCAUGACGCGCCUCCUUCACGAAUGCAUCGCUCACCAGAGAGCGGUGGACGUUGAACUCGACGAGCUUCUGUCGCAGCGCACCGACCUCGACCGCCAUCUCCUCCAGCUCCAGCGCUCCUCUGACGUCCUCGACAUCGUCAACUCCGACGCAGACUAUAUGCUCUCCAACGUCGCCUCCACCUCCGACCUCGCCGACCAGGUCAGCCGCAAGGUCCGCGAGCUUGACCUCGCCCAGUCGCGCGUCCGCAACACGCUCCUCCGCAUCGACGCCAUCGUGGAACGCGCCAACUCCCUCGAAGGCGUCCACCGCGCCCUCGAGGCCGAGGACUACGAAUCCGCCGCCUGCUACGUCCAGACCUUCCUCCAGAUCGACGCCCAGUACAAGGAUUCCGGCUCCGAUCAGCUUCAGAGGGAUCGCUUGUUGGCCGCCAAGAAGCAGUUGGAAGGAAUUGUAAGGAAGAAGCUCUCCGCCGCCGUCGAUCAGCGCGACCACCCCGCCAUUCUCAGGUUCAUUCGGCUCUUCACACCGCUGGGUGUGGAGGAGGAGGGUUUGCAGGUGUAUGUUGGCUACUUGAAGAAGGUGAUUGCGAUGAGGUCGAGGAUGGAGUUUGAGCAGUUGGUUGAGAUGAUGGAUCAGCAGAAUGUGAAUUUUGUUGGGUGUUUGACCAAUUUGUUUAAGGACAUUGUGUUGGCGAUUGAGGAGAAUAGUGAGAUCUUGAGUGGUCUUUGUGGGGAGGAUGGUAUUGUGUAUGCCAUCUGUGAGCUUCAGGAGGAGUGUGAUUCUCGCGGUUCUGUGAUUUUGAACAAGUAUAUGGAGUAUAGGCAGUUGGCUAAGUUGUCCUCUGAGAUAAAUGCACACAACACCAAUUUGCUUGCUGUUGGAGGAGGUCCUGAGGGUCCUGAUCCACGGGAGGUUGAGUUGUAUUUGGAAGAGAUUCUCAACCUUAUGCAGCUUGGUGAGGAUUACACUGAGUUCAUGAUUUCCAAGAUCAAAGCACUUACUUCUGUUGACCCCGAAUUGCUCCCUCGCGCCACCAAGGCUUUCCGGAGUGGCAGUUUCAGCAAGGUGGCGCAGGAUUUAACAGGCUUUUAUGUCAUUUUGGAGGGAUUUUUCAUGGUGGAGAAUGUUAGGAAGGCGAUAAAGAUCGAUGAACAGGUGCCUGACAGCCUUACCACUUCUAUGGUGGAUGAUGUGUUUUAUGUAUUGCAAAGUUGCCUGCGGAGGGCUAUAUCCACUUCCAAUAUCAGUUCUGUUGUCGCAGUUUUGAGUGGUGCUAGUAGUUUGCUUGGUAAUGAAUAUCAUGAAGCCUUGCAGCACAAAACUAGAGAGCCAAACCUUGGUGCAAAGUUGUUCUUUGGUGGUGUUGGCGUGCAAAAGACGGGGACAGAAAUUGCAACAGCUUUGAAUAAUAUGGAUGUUAGCAGUGAAUAUGUUCUGAAGCUAAAACAUGAAAUUGAAGAACAGUGUGCUGAGGUAUUUCCUGCACCGGCUGAUCGAGAAAAGGUAAAAUCUUGUUUGACUGAGUUGGCAGAUAGCAGCAAUGCUUUCAAGCAAGCUUUGAAUGCUGGCAUAGAACAACUUGUGGCAACCAUCACACCUCGCAUAAGACCGUUAUUAGACAGUGUAGGAACAAUCAGCUAUGAGCUUUCAGAGGCUGAGUAUGCAGAUAAUGAGGUGAAUGACCCAUGGGUUCAGAGACUUCUCCAUGCCGUUGAGUCAAAUGUGGCAUGGCUGCAGCCACUAAUGACUGCUAACAAUUAUGACACGUUUGUUCAUUUGAUUAUUGACUUCAUUGUGAAAAGGCUAGAAGUCAUUAUGAUGCAGAAAAGAUUUAGUCAGCUAGGUGGUCUUCAGCUUGACCGAGAUGCUAGAGCUUUGGUAAGCCAUUUCAGUGCCAUGACACAGAGAACUGUUAGAGACAAGUUUGCACGUCUUACUCAAAUGGCAACAAUUCUAAAUUUAGAAAAGGUUUCUGAGAUUCUAGAUUUCUGGGGUGAAAACUCUGGACCUAUGACCUGGAGAUUAACUCCAGCAGAGGUUAGGCGUGUAUUGGGUCUGCGAGUUGAUUUUAAAUCAGAAGCAAUAGCUGCUCUGAAGUUGUAAUAUCCGUUUAUAUGGUCUCUUCACAUUCUUCUUUUUAUUGGGUUAUUACAUCUUCAUUCUUACUAUUUUUGGUGUUUGGGAAGUGAACAUACAGUUCCAUUAUGCGAUUUGCAUAAACAAAAGAAUAAGCAAGUGUAUUGUUCAGAUUUGUCACCCUAGAGGCCAAGAUAGCACGCUUAUAUACAGAGCAUCAUGUGCGAAACGGUCUUUGUUCCUCAUUAACCACUUUCUAAUUUUUAUUUUUGUAAAUCGUUUUUGA